CGAGACUGUAAAAUACACGGACAAAUUGUAGGCCAAUGCCCACCCCCGGUUUUUUUAGGCCCGACCUUAUUUUGCGAUCGCGCCUUCUGCUCCUCUUCAAACCCCCUAACCUAUUGUAUGCUUAUCAAAUCGCUGAAGAACCGAAGAGAUGGAGUACCCAUACUAUCCCAAUUCCCACUCCCAACCGUUCUCUUUAUACAACUUGCAAGGGGCGCCGACCCUCGGUCAGAACGACGAUGACAACCAUCGAAACCCACAGACCGAUAACAUCCAGGAUACUCUCGCUUCGUUGAGUUAUCAGUCCUUCGACCCUUCGUUUCGCUUCCAGAACCCCACUGCAACGUUCGGACAACCGCCAAACUCUCCGCCCGAGUCAUUCUCGAAGCAUUCUGCCUCUGGCAGUGAUAUCUUCGGCCAGCCGACCGAGCUGACUUUGGUAGAUGGAGAGCCGGGUUUUGGUCGGAGUAGUAGCGAGGAAAAGGAAUCUAUGACUCCUGCGCAAUCUAAGCGCAAGGCACAGAACAGAGCAGCUCAACGCGCGUUCCGCGAACGAAAGGAGCGACACGUGCGAGAGUUAGAGGAAAAGGUUAACAACCUGGAACAAGCAUCAUCCAAUUUGGUGGCGGAUAACGAACGCUUGAAGCGGGAGUUAGCCCGGUUUACAACGGAGAAUGAGAUCCUGCGGGCAACGUCGGGCUCAAGCGACCGAACACAGCACAACUCAGACGAGCCAACUACGACAGGGCCGCUGAGAUACACUCCCACGGAUUUUUACUCCGAGCUGGCACCAAAGGGCGAACCAGCUCGUCUCCAUCGAGUGUCAGUCUGCCCGAAAACCGGGGAAAGGCUGCUCGGUGCCGGUGCUACGUGGGACCUAAUCCAAGGGCAUGAGCUAUUCAAGCGCGGUUUAGUAGAUAUUAAAGAUGUCUCGGAACGAUUGAAGAACAUAACCCAGUGUGAUGGACAGGGCCCUUCUUUCCCCGAGGCUGCGGUGCUCCAUGCAAUUGAAGAAAGUGCGGCUGCUCAUAAUGAUGACCUUCUUUGAGUUUUGAAGUCUACAAAGUGACGCUUGCUCUUUUGAACUCGGGUACGCUGCGUUUAUGGCGCUUGUUGGUUGGCGUAUCUGGUUUACGAUUCUAAUGAUUGUUAUAUGGUUUCCUGCUGGAACUUGGGGAAUUUUUAUA